AUGGUCCAAUUGGACGAUGCCCCAUCUUCAUCCCUUCCAAGCUCCAGUCAGACCUUCUGGAACGAAGUCUUGUCGGUUCAAUUUCCCACCUUACCCGAGAAGCGAAGUGCCGAUCAUCUAGAGGGCCAACAAAGUCCAGACGCAAAACGUAUCCAUCUCUCCCCCAGUCCUUUGCUCACCUUGCACGACUCAUCCAUUACGAAUGAUGAACAGACCACUCGAGGGACUGCUCUGGCUUACCUACCAUCCCGUGACGAAGCUGCACUGGACCAGAGUCAUGCAUAUCUUGGUGGGGCGGAGUAUGCCCCUAAUCGAUUCGGCGACAUCGGCGAUUAUAUGCGCAAGAAAGAGAUCAAAGUGCAGACUCAAAAUCGAGACAUAGCCCUGGCAUCUGCUGCCUCUGGAUUGCCUCAAAUAUUCUCCGGCAUGUCGUUUUACAUCAAUGGCAAUACACAUCCUCCCAUGGAAGAGCUGCGCAAGAUGAUUUUACAACGUGGUGGAGAGGUACGACCCAAGCUCCACAAAAAGACCCUUGUUCAGUAUAUCAUAGCGCCCAUGUUGACGCAGAUGAAGUUCAAACAGUUCGCCAACUACAAGGUGAUCAGGGAAGCAUGGAUCACUGAAAGUUGUAAUGAGGGAAAGGUUCUAGAUUGGAGGAAAUGGAAGUUGGUCCCGGACGGAGGUUGGGAACAGGAUGGGAGGAAAGGACUGGAGGGGUUUCUGAAGGGUAGUCAAGUUCAAAUUCAAGAGCGCACAACCAAUUCUCCCGAGAUCAAGCAGGAGAUUUCUACGGUUGUGGAUGAUGUCAAUGAGACCGUCGACCAUGUUUCUCCUGUCGACAUCACCACCCCACAAGCACCAGCAGCUGCGACGCAGAGUUUGCUCAAACCGAUUCGUCACUCCAUCAUCCCCAUCUCCCCAGAAGCAGUCAAGCAGGAAUCUCCGGCUAAGGAAGUGCUCCCACCUAAAGUACAACAGCCCGAAGGCUGGUGGGAACAUUAUUAUUCCAAAGAGUCCAACGAGGACGCGGCUAAGAUGCUCAAGAACGACGAGUGGAGAGCCAAGAACACCGCGGAAAGAGGGAACGAAGGGGGGUACAUUGACUCGUUCUAUCAAAACAGUAGAUUACAUCACUUGUCCACCUGGAAAGCCGAGCUUAAAGUUCUGGUCGCUGCUGCCCAACUCCAGUCCGAGGCCAACUCUCUGUCUCGACCUUCUGAAUUGAACCUCAAUCCGCUCUCACUCGCAAAUUCCGCUCUUCCUCGGGCCCCCCUUCUCAACGUUAGAACAGGCGAAAAGAUCAUCAUGCAUGUCGACUUUGACUGCUUCUUCGUCUCUUGCGGUCUUGCCACCCGCCCUCAUCUGCGAGGAAAGCCGACAGUGGUCUGUCACUCUCAAGCUGGACGAGCAACUGCUAGCACCUCCGAAAUUGCUAGUGCCAGCUAUGAGGCCAGAGCCAAGGGUGUCCGGAAUGGUAUGUCCCUUGGUCGUGCCAAGACGUUGGUGGGAGACGAGUUACAAACGUUGCCUUACGAGUUCGAGACGUACAAGAAAUUUUCAUUGGCUUUUUAUACUGUCUUGAUGGGAUAUGCGGACGAGCUUCAAGCGGUCAGUGUGGAUGAGGCGCUGAUCGAUGUCACGUCGGCGGUGAGGGCGAAAGCGAUGGCUCCUGAGGAGGCGGAAGUGGUAGGGUCAGACCAUUCAAUGGAUCCGGCAGUCGAAAUAGCGGAGAAAAUUCGAACAGACGUCCGGCGCGAAACAUCCUGUGAAGUUUCAAUAGGUAUCGCAAGUAACAUCCUUCUAGCCAAACUAGCUACAAGGCGAGCCAAACCAGCUGGGAUACAUCAUCUCCUCGAACCCGACAUACCAGCAUUCCUCGCACCAUUAGACGUAGAGGAUUUCCCAUCGGUCGGGUAUUCCAUACGACAGAAGAUUGAGACGCGUUUUGGGUCCACGAUCGUCAAGGAUUUACUCGAACAUCCCAAGUCGGCGUUCCAAGGCUGCUUGGGUCCAAAGACGGGGGAGAUGGUGUAUGGCUAUUUACGUGGAGUUGAUGAGAGGAAACUGGAGCCUCACAAGGAGCGCAAGAGUGUGAGCGCUGAGAUGAACUAUGGAAUACGCUUUCGCACUGCAGAUCAAGCCGAAACGUGCAUUCGUGACCUAGCCUUGGAAGUGGUCAAGCGCAUGAAAUCCGUCAACGCCCGCGGUCGCUUGUUGACCCUCAAACUCAUGGCUCGACAUCCAGAUGCACCUGUCGAACCUCCCAAAUUUCUCGGUCAUGGAUGGUGCGAGACAUUCAACAAGUCCGCUCAAAUCUCUAAAGGGGGAUUGGCGACUGACGAUCCUCCUAUAAUGACCGAAGCUAGUUUACGACUGUUGCGAUCUAUGAAGUUGGAUCCACAAGAAUUGCGAGGAGUAGGGAUACAGGUCACGAAACUCGAUACCGAGUCACAGGGGGUGGUUCGGGAAACAGGGCAAGCGAAGUUGGCAUUUGGCACAAGACGUGCCAUGAACACUCCGACUGUCGCUGGACCAUCCAGACCCGGUCCAUCGUCAGAAGGUAUCGAUCCAGAAUUUCUCGCUGCCUUACCUCCCGAUCUUCGACGAGAAGUAAAGGAUGAUUACGCUAGAUCUCGAUCUCGAUCCAUCUCUAUCGCUCCACCCAUUCUUCCAAAGGAAAUGAGAUCUUCAACUAUUUCCCCAGCUAAAGGUAAGCAUGCCGCAGCACAUAUCACACGUCAACUUCGUCCGAAAGUCAAAAGUCAACUCAAAGCUGGAGCCAUUGCCGAUUUACCCUUGUAUGGUGCAUGGGCUCGUCAAAAUACCAAUGAUCAAGACCCUUCUCAUUCUAUCGGUGUAGAACUGAAUGACGGACAAUCCCACGGAGGUAAGAUUGGGAAAUAUCGAGUGGCAGACUUACGAAUUCUAGGGUUAGAUCCUGAUGUCUUUUCAGAACUUCCUUUGGAGAUGCAAGAUGAAGUGGUGAAAGAAGAGAGACAAAGACAACAACAAAGAGCUAAACUUCGUCGACCUGGUCAACAAGGACGUUUUGGACAAAAUGGGAAUAGAGAAGGAUCAAUCUUGUCGAAUCGAUCAUCACUUUCCCCUACUGUUUCUAGAGGUGGUUCGAUACCUCCUCAUCCGAAGGGUAUAAAUGGGAAGGACAAAGUCGUGAUUGUGAUUCCUCGUCCUGCUGAACCGACCUUAUAUAAAGUCACUGAAUUGUCAGACGUUUUGGAUGUUUUGUCAAAAUGGAUAGAAUCACGUUCAUCUCCAGCGCAGAGGGAUAUGGAUAAGGUGUCAGGGUAUUUGAUACGUUGUAUCGAAGGAAGUUUGGGUGGGGUGGAGAAAGUUAUUGGGGUUUUGAGAUGGAUGAGGAGUGUUAUCAGUGAUAAAUGGGGUGAUGAGAGUGAAGAUGGGAAAGAAUGGUGGGAUGCUUGGGGGAAGAUGAGAGGGUUGGUGGAUGAUAUAGCGAAGAGAAAGUUUGGUGCGGGGUUGAGAGUGUGA